AACACACGCGGCUCCAUUUUGGAUCUAGAGCCCGCAGCUGGAGCAGGAGCUAGGCAGCUUCUUUCGGGUUUUUACUCUUUAAACAGCACAUUUUUCUUCGUCCGGCGGUUUUAACACUUCACGGAGAGUCCCCGAAGCCUCCCGGAGCAAGGGGGCCCGAGCUGGUGCGCACAUGGACGGGGAAGAGGACGAGUUUAUGUCCGGGAACCACUCCGACGACGGAGGUGGAACUCCAGUCCAAGACGAGCACCCGCCGUCCGACGCCGACGACGCCAGGAGCGACCGGCAUCAGUCAGAGGAUGAGGGCAGCAACGACGAGGCAGCUCAGCCGAUGGACACCAGCGGAGCCAUGAGCGAUUCCGACGGAGAGACGGCGCGAAAAGACCCGGACGACGACAGCGAAAACGAGGCGGAGAAAGAACGGGAGGAACACAGCGAAAACGAAACCAAAGACCGGGACCCGAGCAGCGACUUCGAACAGACGAAAGAGCGCGACGACGCCAGCGGGAGCGACGACGACGACAACAACGAGGAAUCCCCGCGGAAACGGCCGUCCAGCGUCUCCGAGGACGAGUCCCCGACCAAGCGCGCCCAGUCCGACCAGGAGGGGGAGCCGUCGAGCUCGCCCAAGCGCCGCCGCGGCAGCACGUCGGACGCGGACGGGGACGGGGAGGGCGCCGGCGGAACGGGGAACGGCAACAAAGCGGCGUCCGACUCGGAAUCGGAAAAACACGACAGCGACUCGGACGGAGGAGUGAGGAAGAAAAAGAGACUGUUGGACUCGGACGACGAAGAGGAGGAGAGGGAGAAGAAGGGAGAGGAGGGAGAGAGGGAAGGAGGAGGAGGAGAAGAGGAGGGAGAGAAAGAGUCCGGGAAGUGGAAGGGAGUGAUGCAGUCGGACAGCGAGGAGGAGGAGGGAGAGAGGACGAAGGCUCACAGCGACGGAGAACAAGACGGAGGACAGAAGGACAGCGACGAUGAAGACAGACCAGUUAAAAGGAAAAAGGCCAUUUUGUCGGACAGCGAAGACGAGGAGGAGGAAAAGACGGACAAACCCGUGAAGAGGAGCAGGGCCGUGUCCGACGGCGACGACUCCGACUCCGCCUCCUCCGCCGCCGGACCCGACAAAUCUCUGGCGGCGAAACUGCGCGAGCUCGGGUCGGCGAGCGAGGACGAGGAAGAGGAGGAGCCCAAGACGGAGGUGAAGAAGGACGAGAAGGCUCUGUUCGGGAGCGACAGCGACUCCGGCGACGAAGAGGAGAAGAUGAUCGCUGACAUCUUUGGAGAGUCUGGAGACGAGGAAGAGGAGGAGUUCACUGGCUUUAACCAGGAGGAUCUGGAGCAGGAGAAGAAGGAAACUCCACAAACGCAACAACAACAAGACGACUCGGACUCAGACGAAGGAGUCGACCGCAGCGGACAAGACACCAGUUUCAUGUCGGACUUUGACAUCAUGCUGGCGAAGAGAAAAGCCAUGAACAGCAAGAGACGGAAACACCGCGACGGGGGAACGUUCAUCAGCGACGCCGACGACGUGGUCAGCGCCAUGAUCAACAAGAUGAACGAGGCCGCCGAGGAGGAUCGGACACUGAACAGUCAGAAGAAACCUGCUCUGAAGAAACUCACGCUCCUGCCACAAGUCGUCAUGCAUCUCAAGAAACAGGACUUAAAGGAGACGUUCAUCGACAGCGGCGUGAUGUCGGCCAUUAAAGAGUGGAUCAGUCCUCUGCCCGACAAAUCCCUGCCUGCGCUCCGGAUCAGAGAGGAGCUGCUCCGGAUCCUGCAGGAGCUGCCCAGUGUGAGCCAGGAGACGCUGAAGCACAGUGGGAUCGGACGAGCUGUGAUGUUCCUCUACAAACAUCCCAAAGAGUCGAGAACCAACAAAGACCUGGCCCUGAAGCUCAUCAACGAGUGGUCGCGGCCGAUCUUUGGCCUCACGUCGAACUACAAAGGAAUGACGAGAGAAGAGCGACAGCAGAGAGACUUGGACCAGCAGAUGCCCCAGAGACGCAGGCUCAGUUCUGGAGGUCAGACGCCGCGCCGCGACCUGGAGAAGCAGCUCACCGGAGAAGAGAAAGCCCUGCGACCGGGAGAUCCGGGGUUCUGCGCCCGAGCCCGAGUCCCCAUGCCGUCCAACAAAGACUACGUGGUCCGACCCAAGUGGAACGUCGAGGGAGACUCCAGCCGGGGCCCGGUGAAGAAAGGUCUCUCCCGCGUGGACAAACAGAUGCGUCGUUUCCAGGACAUUCGGCGUUUGUCUAAAACGGGUCACGCCGUGAAGAUCAGCGUGGAGGGAAACCGGAUGCCGCUCUGAUUUUAAACUUUAGGAUUCUUCACUUUUAUUUUAAAUUUUUUUUUUGUUUUUUGGUAAAAAUGUAAAAAAAAAAAUCUGCUGUGGAAUAAAACAGUUGUUACAAUCA